UUCCCUCUUCCUAUUGGCCGCCGUGCUCGCGCCCCCUUCGCCGACCGUAGGUAUAUAUAGGACCCCAGGCCCCUGGUUCACAUUUGUCAUGUCCAGUACCCCUGUUAAGAAACAGAAGAUGGAGUCUGCGCUGGAACAGCUGAAGCAGCACACCGUGGUGGUGGCCGAUACUGGAGACUUUAAUGCCAUUGAGGAAUACAAACCACAGGAUGCCACCACAAACCCAUCUUUGAUUCUGGCAGCUGCCCAAAUGCCAGAGUACCAAAAUCUGGUAAAUGAUGCGAUUGAAUACGGGAGGCUGUCUGGUGGUUCACAAGAGGAGCAGAUAAACAACAUCAUGGACAAGCUUUUUGUAUUGUUUGGCGUUGAAAUCCUUAAGAAAAUCCCAGGUCGAGUGUCCACGGAGGUUGAUGCCAGGCUUUCUUUUGACAAAAAUGGCAUGAUUGAGCGUGCCAAGCGCAUCAUCCUACUUUACAAGCAAGCUGGCAUUGAGAAAGAAAGGAUCUUGAUAAAACUGUCUUCGACCUGGGAGGGGAUUCAAGCUGGCAAGGUUCUGGAAGAGGAGUACGGCAUCCACUGCAACAUGACCCUACUUUUUUCAUUUGCCCAAGCGGUUGCCUGUGCUGAGGCUGGAGUCACCCUGAUCUCCCCAUUUGUGGGUCGCAUUUUGGAUUGGCAUGUUGCCAACUCUGACAAGAAGACUUAUGAGCCUUCAGAGGACCCAGGUGUUCAGAGUGUUACCAAAAUCUACAACUAUUAUAAGAAAUUUGGCUACAAAACCAUUGUGAUGGGUGCCUCCUUCAGAAACACCGGAGAGAUCAAAGCACUGACUGGCUGUGAUUACCUUACCAUCUCCCCCAAACUUUUGGGGGAGCUGAGCAAAGACAAUUCCAAACUCACUCCACUACUUACUGUCAAAGAGGCCCAGGCCAGCAAUCUGGAAAAAAUCCACCUGGAUGAAAAAGAUUUCCGCUGGUUGCACAAUGAGGACCAAAUGGCGGUGGAAAAACUCUCUGAUGGGAUCCGGAAGUUUGCUGCUGACGCCAUCAAGUUGGAGAAGAUGUUAAAGGAGCGGCUUAACAGUGCAGAAAACGGAAAAUAAAACUUGUUGCUUUGUGCGUAUUCAUGACCCGGUUCAUUCCACUUUUCCAAUCUCAUUGUUCCAUGCAGUCUUCAUUGCAAAUCUUUCUAGCUUUAACAUUUUAACUACAUCAUAAAAAAAAGUAAAAAAACAAAACUAAUUUCAUUCAAUUUUUGUACGUGGUAUUUCUGAUGCACUGAUUAAAGUCAGUACUUACCCAAA